GUGUUAAGUGGUUACUGGAGCCCAUAGACAUCUACAACGUAAAUGCGCCACCCACCUUGAGAUAUAAGUUCUAAGGUCUCAAGUAUAGUUACAACGGCUGCCCCACCCUUCAAACCGAAACGCAUUACUGCUUCACGGCAGAAAUAGGCAGGGCGGUGGUACCCACCCGCGCGGACUCACAAGAGGUCCUACCACCAGUAAAAGUGUCCCGCAAUCUACAAUCAACAUCGCUACCAAGAAUCCUGAAGAAGAUUGCGGAUUCUUGGUGGUGAUGUUUCCAGCGGUGUUCAGUAUUGGAGCCAUUUGGAAGGUUGUAUUCUAAAACAUUGAGAGUCUUUAACAACGACUAGACAAAGACUUGUGCUUUACAAGGCUAACAACAAACAAGAACAACAGUCUGUCGCGUCGAGCCCUGCUGCCAUCUCUGGGCCAGGGGUGACAAGUAGCAUCUAAUGCCAUUUAACUCAUAGGAACCUCUGUGCCUUGUUCCAUGGGGAGUACUCUGCGAAAUGUUCUUGGAUAAUUUGGUCGUCUCCUUUUUACCAUGCUAAAGCCCGUCACCAGAAGCCAUGUUUUUCGAAAACCAACUUUGAAAUGAACUCCCUUACUUCACGAGCGCUAUUACUUAUCCUUUGAAUCAAGUUUGAAGAGAGUCCUCUUCCAGGAGGACGCCCUCCUUCUGUAUUCACGUAGAUUAUAAAUGUGAAGCCGCAAAAAAUUGCGAAAAAUAUGAAUUUAAUCAAAACUACUCUAACGGAUAGAUGAAUGUAAUCUGUAUAGAAUAAAAUAUGAUACACAUGCAUAUGUAUAUGAGGCCUGGGUGUAUUACAAGAUUGCCCGAAAUCGACCACAAAUGAUAGUAUAUGAGGUUCUUAACACUUUCGCUGACAGUACGUCGUUAGACGGGAAAUUAACAUAUUGCGGUAUAACAGUACGUCGAAGGACGGGGUAAUAACUUUUAUGAGCAUUGGCAGUACGUCGUCGGACGACAACUUCUAAUAGAAGCAAUAUGAAGAAUAGCAUUCACUGUCAUAUUGUAAGCAAUCUCACAUUUCUUACUGUCGUAACAUGAUUGUUUUGUGGGUAGUUUAAUAUUGCUGUCUCAGUUGCUCACGCACACACGUAAACAGUUCGCAUAUAAGUACUACGUCCACCGGCGUGAGCGCACGCUAAUUUCUCGAUCAAUCAGUGCGGCCAGUGCCAUUUUGUGAACAACCACGUGUUUACGUCACUCAAACAAUGUCAGCAAAAAGUUCAAAGAAACGUCCAAAAAUACGCUUGUUCGACGAUUUUUCAUCAAAUUCGCCAUCUGAAGUAGAUUUAGAUCCCUUCGAGGAUAAUGACGGUGAUUAUGGUUCUGACACGAACUAUGAACCACAAAAUAUAGAAGAAACUGGUGCAUCCAGUUCAUCAGAGGAAAUAUUUUCUAUAAGACCUCGUCGAAUUAUAUCUGGAGGCCCUGUGGCUUCAUCGGAUUCAAGUAAGUCUGAUAUCUCAAUUAGAAGUUCAGAUUCUGAUCAGGACGAUAGAACUAUCGAAAAUGCUGAACCGAUUUCCGAAUCAGUAGACGACUUACCAUCCCUUCUUAUAUCUCAACAUGACAAUGAUAUAGAUUCAGAACCAGUGCAAAAUCGGAUAAGAUCUCCUGUACCAGAGGAGAUACCGUGGUUACAUAGCACAGAAGAAAUACCUGAUUUUGAAUUCGAUGUCGAGUCAUAUGGCGUUCAGUUUGACGUUACCUCUCAGACUAGCAUUGAACAAAUUUUCGAUCACGUGUUUCCAAAAGAGUUACUCGAGUACCUGGUCCAGUGUACUAAUAAUUAUGGUACAGCUUUGUGUCAGUCAAACAAACCGUCAACCCGAUAUUCCCGGUCUCAAAAUUUUCGAAAUACUACGACUGUUGAGAUGAAAAAGUUUCUUGGACUUUCGUUAUUACAUGGACAUAUUCGCACUCCUAAACAACAAAAACUAUUUACUUAUGAUGAUCCACUAUAUUAUCAUCCUGUGUUCUCAUAUACAAUGUCUUCGCGGCGAUAUGAACAGAUACUUCGAUGUAUAUGUUGUUCAGAACUGGAUGCAAAAGGCGCAGAAAAGAUUAACAAAUUUGUUGAUUUGUUGACAUUGAAUUUUAGAAAGAUAUACAAACCUGAUAAAGAGCUUAGUUUAGAUGAAUCUUUACUAUUGUAUCGAGGCCGACUUCACUUUCGGCAGUACAUAAAGUCCAAAAAAGCAAGAUAUGGGAUUAAAUUCUAUGUCUUGGCAACGGCUGAUGGUUAUGUUCUUAAUAUAAUAAUGUAUAGCGGAAAAGACGAGAAUACCCAAUUGAGAGGUGUAACGAAGCUUGAACGGUUGGUAAUGCGAUUGAUGAGACCGUUUUUAUUGAAAGGACAUCACCUCUUCAUGGAUAAUUACUACAAUUCGGUCACUCUUUCUCAGAAACUUUUUGAUUUGAAAACCCAUACAAAUGGUACUCUUCGUGUUAAUAGAAAAGAUAAUCCAAAGGAAGUAGUGGACAGAAAAUUAAAAAAAGGUGAUCAUGUUUGGGUAAGGAAAAAUAAAGUGUAUGUUAGCAAAUGGGUUGAUAAGCGACCAGUGAUUAUGUUGACCACUAGAGAACACCCCCGUAUUAUAGAAACAACAAACAGGUUUGGGAAAAUAGUUAAGAAGCCUAUUGAAGUAGCAACAUAUAAUAAAUACAUGUCCGGUGUAGAUAGGUCUGACCAGAUGAUAAGUUACUAUUCUUCGCCGAGGAAAACUAUACGCUGGUACAAAAAAGUACUUUUUCAUCUUUUGGAUACCGCUGUAUGGAAUUCCUAUUACUUAUACAAGAAAUUUGUACUGAAAAACCCAAAAUAUGAGUUAUCUUCAUAUCGGGAGGAGUUAAUAAAAAAAUUAAUAGAUUUGAAAGAAAACUGUAAGGGUAAAGAUUUAGUAUUAGAUUUAAAAAAACACAAUAGCAGAAAACACAAUAACCCCCAAAAGAACAUAUUUGCAGAUCAAGAACGAAAAUUUUGGGGUCAUUGGCCCAAACGCCAACCUGCACCUGAAAAUUCUAAGAAAAAAUACUCAUUUCUGAUGUGUAAAAUGUGUUCCAAGAAUAAGAAGAGGGUCGAAACUAGCUACAGGUGCAUUGGUUGUCCAGGACUUCCUCCAUUAUGUCCUGAAUGUUUCCAGGAUUAUCACCAAAUUCUUGAACAGCAAGAACAAUAAAUCGUAGUCUGACUCUUCAAAACCUUAUUUUGCAGAUUUACUUUAAUUUUUUGAGACUUUAUACGUUCCUAUUUUUAUAAUUAUUUACUAGGGUAUGUUGACCUAUUUUUUUAUUACUUUGGUACUUAUAUGUUUAAUAUUGUUUUCUUUUAUUGAGUUAAUUAUAUUAGGGCUUUUUAUUGUUUGUUAGUAGCGUUGCCGUAGUGUCCAAACUUUGUAUAUUAUUUAUUAUGUACAAAGAUUGUUAUAGAAGAUCCUAAUUUAUAACUUCCGAUAGCGUAUUAAAAUAUUAUAAUUUAUAAUAAUUUAAGCGUUUAACAUAUGAUAUAAUCAUUGGAAUGUUCCUAAUUACAAUACUAAAUAAUUUGUAAUUAUUGUGUAAGAAAUAUAUACCUAUAUAUAAUAUGUAUCUAUUACGUGUAUUUGAAUAAGUUUCAGACUAUAUCUGUUUUUCAUCGUACAGAUAUUGAAAAAUACCAUACCAUUUGAUGUUAUAAUAAUUAAUAUAUUUUUUUGUUUUUUGUUGGGAAAUUUCGAUUAUUUUAUAAGUCACAAAUUAUUGUAGGAGGUUUAAUAUUUGAAAAUAUUUGAUUAUUUUACAAAUA